AGUCCAACUCCAACGUCCAAAUGGACUCGGCUAAAAACGGUUCCAGCAGAGCCUGUUCACUCUUCUUUCGUUUUACGCGAAACCUAAGAAUUUAGCUUUGCUUGUGAGUUGUGAAUUGUGAUAAACAUCCUCCGAAAGUUCCGCACGCAUACUUUAUAUUCUGAGUUGUGAAUUGGAAGGUAUCGUUUAACUACUUUGUUCAACAACUGGUUCUCAAUUGUUUUGUACUUUCCUUGAGGACUUUUGGGUUGUUCGAUGUUAGAGUAAUAAACACAGAUUCUUGUUCUGUCUUGUCGUUGACUCUCUGUGUUUGGUUGGAGGUUUUUGUGUCUGCCCUAAAAUUGUAGUUUUUAGGUACAGCCAAAAUGGGGUUUUGGGUCUAUCAAUCUUGAUUGAAAGUUGAAAGUGAAAAGUUUGUGGAAUUGUAACGAACCCAUUUCGAUUUUUGAUUUUAAGUUCUUGUUUUUGUUCCAAUAUUCUAGUUUCUGUGUAAAGAAAUCAUGGGGUUGGGUAUAUCAACCCCAUUUUAGGUACAGCCAAAAUGGGGUUUUGUGUCUAUCAAUCUUGAUUGAAAGUUGAAAGUGAAAAGUUUGUGGAAUUGUAACGAACCCAUUUUGAUUUUUGAUUUGAAGUUCUUGUUUUUGUUCCAAUAUUCUAGUUUCUGUGUAAAGAAAUCAUGGGUUUGGGUAUAUCAACUUUGAUAGGAUUGAAAGCAACUGUUAUGUUCUUGUGCUUUGCAUACCUUAGAAACAGUGACUUAACAUUGUUAUCAAUGCCAUUCCUGUAUGCCUCUUUGGUAGAUUUCUUAGUUUCCAUUGCUUCACUCCCAUCCAUUGAUCUUCCCUUGCUCUUGGGCAAGAACCCAGAUGGGACCUUCCCCAUUUGGUCCAAAAUAAUGUUUAGCCCGUACUUGAACUUUGUUCGGGGUUUCUCAGCAUUGCGGAGAUUGAAAAGUGGGGAAGAUCCUUAUAAUGAAGUUAGUGAGGGUUUGUAUGUUGGUGGAUGGCCUUAUUCGCCAGAUAAAUUGCCCCCGGGUAACCCUGCAGUUAUCGAUUGUACCUGUGAAUUGCCAAGAUUGCUGGAAUUCUCGGGGCAUGCCUAUUUGUGCAUCCCGGCUUGGGAUACAAGGGCUCCUAAGCCAGCUGAUAUCGCAACUGCUGUUCGGUGGGCUUGUCGAAAGAGAGCGCUGAAUAGGCCUGUGUUCAUCCAUUGUGCAUAUGGUCAUGGAAGAAGUGUUGCUGUCAUGUGUGCACUAUUAGUGGCUCUAGGCAAGGCAGAAGAUUGGAAAAAUGCUGAGAGGUUAAUUCGAGAAAGACGCCCUUAUAUCCAUAUGAAUGCUCUCCAGCAUAAUGCCCUAGAAGAAUGGUCAAAAAACCAGUUAUUUUCUCCUUUGAAGAAUGGAGAAAUGGAUUAAGUUCUUUAAUUCUAUCUAAUGCUUCUUGUUGCUUGCAAUCCAAUAGGGCUGCAAAGAAAAAUGAAUGACAUGCUUCCUUUUAUUGCAUCAGCUAUUAUUUCUCAUUCCACACAUCUAAUUUUUGCAAUUGAAUUACUAUGGCUUUCUAGUGGAUCUUAAUUUGAUUUUCAGUUGUUACUAAACUUUAAAUUAAUAAUGUAACAGUGACCAACUUCUUGAUUCAAGAAGAAUUUGUUCUGUACCCACUGUAAUACUAUGACCUGCUCUACUAUCCAUCUGAA